AAAUCUGUCUCUGGCACUUCGACUGGGUUGAGUCGCACCGCUGGACUGGAACUUUGAGCUGCGAGGAAUCGGAAUCCGAGUCUGAAUCUGAAUCUGAAUCUGGAUCGGCAUUGGCAUUCGGAAUCCCGUGCUAAAACCCCUCCAAGUCCGGAUUUGCGUCGUAGUUUCCAUCACUGGAUCGGAAUGAGUUCGGUUAAGUAUCUAAAGAAUAUGACAAGGAAGGAACGGGAUGAGUUCUUUGACUCAUUUGACUUGGUUUUCUGCGAUUGCGAUGGCAAGUUUGCUUACCUCGAUUCACCUAGUCGAUGUGGUCAUGACGGGCUUUAUUCCCCUAGGCGUGGUUUGGUAUCCCCUGAGGGACUUCAUACCCGGUUCCGCUGGGGCACUGGCCCAUUUGGCCCAUCUGGGCAAGGAUGUGACCUUUGUGACCAACAAUAGCAUCAGUUCGGUGAAGGAGCACAUCGAGAAAUUCGAGAAACAGGGCCAUCUUAAGAUUGCUGAGCAUCAAGUCGUUCAUCCUGCCCAAACCAUCUGCGAUCACCUGAAAUCCAUUAACUUCGAGGGACUCAUCUACUGCCUGGCCACUCCUCCAUUCAAGGAGGUCCUUGUUAAGGCGGGUUUUCGUUUGACCGAAGAGAGUGGUUCGGGGAUCAUCACCAGCCUGAAGGAUCUGCACGAGGCCAUCUUCUCCGGCGAGUCGGUGGACGCGGUCAUCAUCGAUGUGGACUUCAACCUGUCGGCGGCCAAGUUGAUGCGCGCCCACGUUCAGCUCCAGAAUUCCCAGUGCCUCUUCCUCGCCGGAGCUGCCGAUGCUUUGAUUCCUUUUGGCAAGGGUGAAAUUAUAGGACCUGGAGCCUUCAUCGAUGUGGUGACCCAGGCAGUUGGCCGUCGGCCCAUUACUUUGGGCAAGCCAGGAGAGGAUCUGCGCAAGCUCCUCCUGGAUCGCCAUCGGGAAAUCCCGCCCAGCCGCGUACUCUUCGUGGGCGACAGCCUGGCCAGCGACAUUGCAUUCGGCCGCGCCAGUGGCUACCAGACGCUCCUCGUCCUCACCGGCGGCACCAAGCUGGAGGAUGUCCAGCGACUGCCAAAGGACCAUUCCCAGGUGCCCGAUUAUCUGGCCGAUUGCCUGGGCCAGAUAGUACCCAAUAAUCCGGAAUCGAUUGACUGUGACUCGGCGCAUUCGGCUUGAUGAUAGUGUUCAAGUGUUUGUCCAACUUAUCUGUGGCUUUAUGAUCAAGUUUGUUGGUUGGUAAUGGGUGGAGGCCCAGAGUGCCUCCGGUUACUCACCGCACUGUGUUCCUCGACUUUGAACGUGAGGGAUACCCUGUUAUUUGGAGUAUGGCGAAGCGAAUGAACUUAGAGCUACUGCUUUUAGUUCAAAAGUUUAAAUGUUUGUUUUUUUUUAGGUAAUAGAAAGUUAAUAAUCCCGAUAUAAUCUAUUUGAUAUCUGAUCAAAAUGGUUAGCAACAGGCAAUCUACAAAAUAUAAAAUAAUA